AUGACGAAUAAAGUUAGCACAGCAGUAAAACCCACUGCCUUGUGUGGCUUUUACAACAGGGCUACAAGGCCGCCUAAAACAAGCUCGAACGCACAAACAAACAAUGUUAAUGAAACCAGAAAAGGAAACAGUCAUGGGAAAAUUAGAAUUGCAGCGACGAAUCAGGGAACUAAGAGCACUGAGUCGAAAACAACCAAAGCUAAUAAAAAUGCAAACACUUCUGCAAACGCGACAGAAACUCCGAAAUCUUCAAACGACCCUGAGACGGCACAAAAAGUAAAUGCAGAAAAUCCAAGCACCGAAAGUCCGGAGGGAAAGUCAUCAUCUACAAAAUACGAGUCUAUUUUCUUGAACCCUCCAAUCAACUUCAAUCGGGUCGCUUCGGAAGUGAUUCACGCCGACUGUACGAAACAUGGUUAUAGGAUCAUCAAGACUAUCGGGGAAGGGGCGUAUGCGAAAGUUAAGCUGGCGGAAGUUAUGCCGUCCAAGAUCGCGCGCUUUCCCGAUAUGACGGAAAAUGUGGAUGAUGAAGGAAGUUUAAAGGUGGCCAUCAAGGUGAUAGACGGACGGAACGUACCGAUGGAGUUCCUGAAGAAGUUUCUGCCACGUGAGCUCAACAACCACGUGCCGCUCCCCCCAAACAGACACGUGGUUCGAGUGUACGACCAAUUCAAGUGUUCCGACCGAUACUACGUGGUGAUGGAAUACUGUAGUCGGGGGGACCUCCUCGACCUCAUAAACGAGCAUAUCGGUGAUCAGAAGCGGGGCCUCUCGGAGGAGAAGGCCCGCAAGGUGUUCGCAAUGUUGGUCCACGGGGUGCACCAUAUACACAAUCAGGGUAUUGUACAUAGAGACCUCAAGUGUGAGAACAUCCUUCUGGAUAAAGACGAAAAUGUGAAAAUAACAGAUUUCGGUUUCUCCACGACUUUCCUUCCGGGCCAGAGCGCCUUGCUGAAGACUUCCUGUGGUUCAUACGCGUACACUGCACCGGAAGUGAUCAGAGUCCGCCCCUACGACGGAACCAAGUCCGACAUCUGGAGUCUGGGUAUCAUUCUGUUUGCCAUGCUUAACGGUCGGCUACCGUUCAACGACGCCCAACUGUGUGAGCUCGAGGAAGAAAUGAAGAUGCAGAGAAUCCGGUUCGAAAGGACCGUCAAUUUUGACUCGAUGGUUUUCGUCCGCCGGAUGCUCCAAUACCAGCCCAGCGCCCGACCCACCAUGACGGACAUUAUCGCGGAUCCCUGGCUCACCGGCCACCUAGCCAUUCCCCGCCAGCCCAACAAGCCGAGAUGGACGAACAAUAACGACUCCAAGAAGAAACCAAAACAAGAGGCAGCGCGUGGCGGCUCCGAUGCGAGCAUGGGCGUCGGCGGCACCCAGCCGAUCUACUACAAGACCACAGAUCAGAAACGCGGCUCUGCAUCGGCGGUUUCCGUCAACCAUGAUCAAAAGGAAACAAUUGUAUUGAAGAGUCGCACAGGCGCCCGUCAAAAAAAGAACAUCUGGAUCCGAGGUCCGCUUGUCUCCCAGCGCCCUAAAACGUGGCCCCGCACCGACCGAAAGCCUGGUCCCCAGCCGCCCCCGACGCGCACCCCGUCCGCCGGCCACCGGAACAACACCGCUACUGUUGUCGUCACAAAGCUCGGCUGCAGCGAGCACACAAAAAGGAGCGCCGUGGAUUCCGGCGCCAAAAACAUCGAAAACAUCAAGCUUUCUAAAUGGUUUAUGGAUAAGUACAUGGCCGGAAAGGAAGCCAGCUUCAAAAACAAUCCGGCGACAAAUUGCGCGUGCUGUAAAGCGGAAGCGGAAGUCGUUUCAAGCCGAAAACAAUCGAAGGAAUGCGUUACUCUGGAAAACGGCGAACUUAUUCAAGCUGCGAUUGCCGACAGUGAAAGAUUCAGCGCUCAUGUUACACGGAGGUCAGCCAGCGGUAGAGACAAAGUUGCUAAACCGCCUUCCGCAGGCGCUCGUAAAAAUAGGGCGGGGCCAGGCAAUGACAUGGCGGGGCGGGGCACGGGUCUCGUGAACUACAUGGUGAACCCAUCCAGAAGCCCCGGAGAGCGAGUCAAGUACUUCAGGGAUAGGCUUUUGAGGAACUACAGCAACGACGAGAAAGCAGUUCAGAAAUGUGACGGGAACAGCGGCUUGCCGCACCUGUUGGUCCAGCCCUUAAAAACGACCCCGUGUCCCCCGGAGCCCGUGCAGGACCAGGCCCGGAAGUCCUCACCUUCGCCCACACGCGCCGUCAGUGGCCGCUCCCCGACACGCGCCGCCAACGGCCGUUUCCCGACAAGCGCAACCACUGACCGCCAGACCUCCCCGACACGCGAAUCCCCGACCAGGGCCAGCAACGGUCGUUGGGCAUCGGCCAACGGAAGAAGCUGGCGGCAGAUGCGCGGAGCUUCCGGGAAAACCAGUCCCGUGAAACCCAAACAACGAGUUGUUGUGCACUCUUCGAUUACUUAA